AUGGCGAUCUGUACUAAUAACGCACAUAGUCUUGCAUCAGAAGCGGUAAUCGAAGAUCUGAUGAUGCAAGCCAGGAAAAUUAAGUACGACGUCACCGGACUGACCGAGACGGGACGACGCCAUCCACUGAAUGAAAUGGAUCUAAAGAAGUUCUACGGAAGAAGCCAUACCUUCUUUAAGGUCAUUGAUGGUGAUUUCAACGCCAAAAUUGACCCGAGAAGAACGCCUGAGGAACUUCACAUCGGAACAAAUGGCCUUCAAUGGAAUAAGCAGAUAAACCCCUCCUCUGUAUGCUGGACAUGGGAGUCAGCCGAUGGAAGAUAUCAUAGUGAAGUUGACAACAUCAUCGUCUGUAAAAGGUUGUGCGUGACGGAUGUCGAUAUUGUGGCAAAGUUCUAUACGGGAUCGGACCAUCGCCUCUUCCGAGGAAGAUUUUCCUUCACAAGGAGAGAAAAGAAAGCCGCUAAGUUCAGAAAGCAAAGUCCCAGAACUAUCAUUAACUGGGAUCUCUUCGCUACGCUAGCGGGCUUAUGGAAAGGUUCUGUAAUGGACAAUAUUGACGAGGAAUGCAACCGGCUCGUCUGA